GCAAAAACAUGCAUUUUUUGGACAAAGAUGAUACAUAAAAAUCAUGAUAUAAGACUUCAUGGCUACAUCCGAGACUACUCAGAUUCUUAUGAAUGCCCGCAACGCAAACUCAUCAGAGUGAGCGAUCCAGGCCUAUAUGUCUUAUUGGGCCCAAAGGUGAAUGCCAUCUAUAAUCGACCAAGUCCAAGCCCAAGUAAUGUCCAACAUUAAUUUUGAAAUGGGCCACAAAAAUUAUAACCGUGUAUACCAUACCGAAUCCAACACAUUCAAGCCCAGGCCCGUUUCCAUUUAUGGUCAAAAUGACGCUCAAAUUGAUUUCCACCUUACCAUUCAUUCAUUCACCAGCCAGCCAUUAAUUGAAGAGAUUCAUAGCAGGAGGUGGUCCGGCAGAUAAAAGAAAAGUGACCACUGAUCUUGCUUUGGAGGGCUAACACGAACAUAGAGUAUCACAUCAUAUGACAUCAUCAAAUUAUACCGAAAAAUGUCCGGUUUGCUAACGAUGUGGUUCGUUUCAGAUACCUAUUUGAUUUGGAGUUGAAUUGAAACAUAACUUACUAAUAUAGGUGAUCAAAGUAACAUAGGUAAGUUAACAAUUGAUAGUAUCGUGGAUCCAAACAUAUCUUAGUUUGUUCAAGAGUACGUAAAAGAUAAUUUCGAUCCGAUUAGAUUCAAUAUGCUUAUCAAAAUUUAAUCGAAUAAUCUAAAAUUCAGGUCCCCAAUUUAUUUGGGCCCAAAUGAUCUGUAAUGCGACAAGAGAUAAGUCUAAUAAAACAAUAAUUGAUUUUCAAUUCGAAAAUUUCAAAUUUGAAAUCUUGUAAUGAAUUUCUCCUUUUCUACAAAUAUUCUUGAGUAGAAUAUAAAAAAAAGUUUAUUAUAUACAAAAAUUUGAAGGAAGAGUUUGCAUUUGGAGAUAAAUAGUGCCAGAUGUCUUUUUCUUCUUAUUUAUUUUGGUAUACUCACUCCAACAGUGGGAUUCUCAAUCAUUAUCAUAGGCGAUGGACACCAGAAGCACAAAGCACAAAUUAUUUCAAACAUUAAAAAAAAAAAAACUCUAUUCAUUAGAUUCAUUUUUUUUUCUCUCUAAAUGAAUUUGGGAGGGAGUUUCAUUGCACUUGCGAAUUUAACCCAUGCAUUAUCGUCACUAUAGUAGAUAUUAUCGAGAAUCAGUUGAUCAUAAUAACUCGAAUUAUUAGAAGACGUUCAAUAAUGAAUCUUAUACCACUUACUAACAUAUAUUAGGUUUUUUAUGACACUAUCCAAUAACAAAUUCGACUAGAGCAGACAAUAGACAAGUUAAUGAUCAACUAACAAAUUUCAUCGAUGAAAGAUUUCCUCCAUGAAUUGAGACGAUCUUCAUUUUCACAGUUUUUGAUUUUGAUGCCUUAUUUUUGUGUUGUCCUGCAACUAUAUUAUUACUGUGUCAUUGUUGAAUAACUUGAUAUGGUCACGUUAAUGGGGGAAAUUGGCAAACCCACCCAAAAUAGAAAACCUGGAAAACAAUUGUCGUCCCCAUAAACGGGAAUAAGAGUCCGGUGCGUGUCAUCAUCCAUCGAGCUCAUAAUCAUAUCGCAACAAAGGAACCCAAAAAAACCCUUAUCUUUUCUUUCAUAUUUUUCUCUUCUCCACAGACUUUCUCAGGUGACAACCAAGCCUCAAACCACCACCAAACCCGCGCCCCCUUUCUCCCCUCUGUUCAUCCAGUUGCAGACAGGAAAAAAGCCAACAGUCAGCCCCCACAAAUUCCCUCCGCCGGGGCUCUCAUCCUCCGACGCUCGGAUAUGAGCGAUCCGGGAAAGCUGAAUACAUCGAGCUCCGAAUUGGACCUGGAUCGACCCAACAUCGAAGAUUACCUCCCUUCUGGGGCAUCCAUUCAUGAACCCCACGGCCAGCUUCGACUGCGCGAUUUGCUUGACAUCUCCCCGACGUUAACUGAGGCUGCCGGGGCGAUUAUUGAUGAUUCAUUUACACGGUGUUUCAAGUCGAAUCCGCCGGAGCCUUGGAAUUGGAAUGUGUAUCUUUUCCCCCUAUGGUGUUGCGGUGUGGUGGUUAGAUAUGGGAUUCUCUUCCCUGUCAGGGUUAUUGUGCUAACAAUUGGGUGGAUAAUCUUUCUGUCAGCCUACAUUCCUGUUCAUGUUCUGCUCAAAGGACAUGACAAAUUGAGGAAGAAGAUUGAGAGAUAUCUGGUGGAGUUAAUUUGCAGCUUCUUUGUGGCAUCAUGGACUGGAGUGGUGAAGUACCAUGGUCCACGUCCCAGCAUGCGGCCAAAACAGGUUUUUGUCUCCAAUCAUACUUCAAUGAUCGAUUUCAUCGUCUUGGAACAGAUGACUCCAUUUGCUGUCAUCAUGCAGAAGCACCCUGGUUGGGUUGGACUCCUGCAGAGCACCAUAUUAGACAGCUUGGGAUGUAUCUGGUUCAAUCGUAGUGAGGCAAAGGAUCGUGAAACUGUAGCCAAAAAGUUACGAGACCAUGUUCAGGGGUCUGAUAACAAUCCUCUUCUCAUAUUUCCCGAAGGAACUUGUGUAAAUAACCACUAUACCGUGAUGUUCAAGAAGGGUGCCUUUGAACUAGGAUGUACGGUUUGCCCGAUCGCAGUCAAGUACAAUAAGAUUUUUGUCGAUGCCUUUUGGAACAGCCGGAAGCAGUCAUUCACAAUGCAUCUACUCCAGCUCAUGACAUCAUGGGCAGUUGUUUGUGACGUUUGGUACUUGGAGCCGCAAACUCUCAAACAUGGGGAGACGGCUAUUGAGUUUGCAGAGAGAGUCCGCGACAUAAUCUCUGUGCGAGCUGGCCUCAAGAAGGUACCUUGGGACGGGUAUCUGAAGUACUCCAGGCCGAGCCCUAAACACAGGGAACUAAAGCAACAAAGCUUCGCUGAGACGAUUCUACGACGGUUGGAGGAGCGGUAGACAAAGGUGUAGCUGUAUUUAGCAGUUCAUGUCGCAUCAUGUAAUGUUUCAAAUCUAGAACUUCAGCAACACGGGUAAGCUUAUGGAUUAGGUUGAGAAUGAUCAAGUUUUUGAUAAUAAGAAAAGGUGUUUGCCUUGGGGUUGGCUUUGUAGCACUUACUGUGGGAAGACCUUGUUUGUAGUAAGCGCAUGGAUUCCUCCCUCUGGUUUUCAGUGUUGAUUUUUCCUUUCUCGAUGGUGAAAGGUGUUUUUUUGUUUGGCUGUUUUCAAUUUAGUCUGCUUAGUCGUGUCCAUUACUGUACGGCAAAUUCUUGUUAAGUCACGGCGGACUUUUCAGCAGGGUAAACGGUCAACUGAUCUGAAAGUCACGGCAAGACUUCUUCAUGUCUUCUUCCUAUCUCCAUUGAUGAUAAACUACUCGCCGGAACUAAUUCCUCCGUUUACAUAGCUGGUUUUUCUCUCUUUGGAAAACAGGGGCUCCCCUGUUCUAACAGAGUAUUACAUUAACGCAGGAAUAAUUGGUGGGUUACUCGCCGGCCGCCGGGGUUCAACUCCGACGUCAGGUAUAGAGUAAAAGUAGUGGGAAAGGAAGAUAGCUGUUCUAAACUCCAUGUGUGAAUGCACGACAAAAGAUUAGCUGUUCUCUCUCUAGAUUAGUGUACUUUGUGUUGGCAGGCUGUAUUAAACAAUGACAUUAAUCCUUAGUCGCAUUUCCACUUGACCACUCAAGCAAAUGCCAAAUCAUUACCUCACCGCACGCCCACAACAUCCAACAACAAUCACCAUUGGAGAACCUUCUACUAACUUUCAUGUAUAACACCAUAAUUUCUCCCCACUUAGAAGUUGAAAAACAGAACAGUAUUAACCACUAGGCAAGCUCGCUGCUGCUGCACCACCACCAACAACCAUCCGAGUUACCACGUCGUAGCGCGAUUCGCGACUAUUGAAUUACCACGAUUAACCUUUUUAUGGCCGUCGAGUUCAUGCAACGACAGUUUUAUUUUGAAUUACGACGACAAUUAAAUCGCGCGAACAUUUGAUUCAUACACUGUCACCACAAGCAUCCAAUAGCCUUUGCAAGUUGUAACCGGCAUUACCCACAAAAGAAGGCAAUUGAAUGAAUGUGAAUGGAUCCA